GCGUCCUCCGGCUAGCCGUCCGGGCGUAGCGUCCUCCAGCGGACUGUUUUUCACUUUUUGGACCAAUAUUAGAUUAAGUUUUAGAUUAUUAUGCAGAGAGACUCCUAUUAUUGCAACGCAGAAAAGGAAUUGGAACGAACAGAACAUUUAGUUUUUACUCUGUAGCCGUGGAGAACUCAUUACUUUUACACAUUUAGAAUAAAUGUUACUGACUCUUAUUUAGCUUGUUUAGCUGUUUCUUGUUUUGCUCUUUGCUUUGGUUUGUGUGUAUUUCCGUUUAGUUCCUGUACUUUGCCUUGCUGCUGAAAGUGUGUAAAUAAAGUCCGUUUCCAGGGACUGUCUCUGGAAGUUCUUCCUGCCGGCCGACUACCAGGCCAUGAAGGUGAGCGAAGAGGCCCAGCCAGGAAAAGCCCGGCAGAUCCAGGCCUUCGAGCUCCGCAUGAACAUCAUCGCCGACGCCACCAUCGACCUGCUGUUCACCAAAAACAGGGAAACCAAUGCCAUCCAUGUGAACGUGGGCGCCGGCUCCUACCUGGAAGUCAACAUCCCCAUGACUGUGGGGCAGAAUGGUAAGCAGCAGCAGCAGCAGCAGCAGCAGCAGCUCUGACGUGGGCAGACGUGG